AUGUCCCAAGGCACUAUCUACCACCGCAACUACGGCCGUGAGGUCGCUGCUCUCUGCGUUAUCAAGGCCCUCAACCUUGAUGUUAAGGCUGCUGAGCCCGAUGCCGCUUUUGAGGCCAACUUCCCCCUCAAGAAGGUCCCUGCCUUCCUUUCUGCUGAUGGCAAGUUUGCCCUCACUGAGACCAUUGCCAUUGUCAAGUACCUCACCACCCUCAAGCCCAACAAGCUUUUCGGUGCUUCUCCCGUCGAGGAGGCUGAGGUCCUCAAGUGGCUCUCUCUUGCCAACUCUGAUCUCUUGAACGCUGUCGUUGUUGGUGCCAUCAUGCCCCUUGUUGGCCUUAUCCCCUACAACAAGAAGAAUGUCGACACUGCUCUCGAGAACUCUAAUAAGUUUGCUGCCCCCAUUGAGGCUCAACUCGUCAACAACACCUACCUUGUUGGUGAGCGCCCCACCGUUGCUGACUUCUUUGUCGCUUCCCUCGUCGACAAGGCUUACGGCACCGUCUGGGACAAGGCCUGGGCCACUGCCCACCCUGCCAUUGCUCGUUGGUACACUACCAUUGUUGCCCAGGAGCCCUUCAAGUCCUUUGUCAAGAACACCACACCUAUUGACCAGGCCAUCAAGUUUGUCCCCCCCAAGAAGGAGGCCAAGCCCAAGGCUGAGCCCAAGGCUGCUGCCCCCAAGCCCAAGGCUGAGGAGCCCAUUGAUGAACCUCCCAAGGAGAAGAAGGUUGCUCACCCCAUUGCUGCCCUUGGCUCUGCUAAGAUGGCCCUUGACGAGUGGAAGCGCACCUACUCCAACGAAGAGACCCGUGAGGUCGCCCUCCCCUGGUUCUGGCAACACUACGACCCCGAGGAGUACUCCCUCUGGAAGGUUGCUUACAAGUACAAUGAUGAGCUUACCCUCACCUUUAUGUCCAACAACCUUGUUGGUGGUUUCUUCAACCGUCUGACUGGCUCUGUCAAGUACAUGUUUGGCUGCAUGGUUGUCUACGGUGAGAACAACAACAAUGGUAUCAUUGGUGCCUUCCUUGUCCGUGGUCAGGAAUACGCUCCUGCUUUUGAUGUUGCUCCUGAUUGGGACUCUUAUGAGUACACCAAGCUCGAUGCUUCUAAGCCUGAGGACAAGGCUCUUGUUGAGGACCUCUGGGCCUGGGACAAGCCUGUUGUCAUUAACGGCGAGAAGAGAGAGAUUGCUGACGGCAAGGUCCUCAAAUAA